ACAUAGGGAUGAAGGGUUCCGAAAGAUGUCUUGGAGUUUUGCUUUUUUUUUUUUUUUAGUAAAUUAAUGCUGCUAGUUGGAUCACUGGCUUAGCCACGGCGAACGGGCAAAACGAGCGGUAACGCUCAGGCAGCCUGUAGCUUUACCAUGAAUGGAAUGGGUUGAGUUCGGUUGGUGGCAGGCUAUUCCUUCUCUUUUGGUCCACCAUAAAGUCCUCUGUUGUCGGAAUCUAGGUGAUGCACCAGGUGAAUUUUUCCAAAUGGCGUCGUUUCUGUUCGCUCGCUCUUUCCGUAGGCUUCAGAAACUCACCCGCUUUUCCUCUUCCUCUUCAUCCUCGCUCUAUCUUUGUCCCUCCUUAAAUUCCUUGUCCUCUCCGCCUAUCCCAACACCAAAUCUUAAUCCUAACCUGACACCUAAUUAUUGUAACCCGUUUAGGCGGUACUACCGGAUCAAUCCCAUUUUUGAAUUCCGCCGUGAGAACUUGAAACUCAAUUGGGAUUUUAGAUCCGUUGCGCAUAUUUCGACGAGCGUGAGGGAGAGCGAGGAGGAUAAGGGAGGGUCGAGACCGUUGAAGGCGGAGGUGUCUUGGAUUGACUUGUACUUGCCAAAACAAGCUCGCCCUUAUGCUCGUCUUGCUCGGCUCGAUAAGCCCAUAGGGACCUGGUUACUCGCUUGGCCAUGCAUGUGGUCAAUUACCUUGGCCACAUCCCCAGGACAGCUUCCUGAUUUUAAGAUGUUGACGCUGUUUGGUUGUGGAGCUUUGCUUCUAAGGGGUGCUGGAUGUACCAUAAAUGAUCUUCUUGAUCGGGAUAUUGAUAUAAUGGUGGAACGUACAAAGUUGCGACCAAUUGCAAGUGGUCUUUUGUCACCAUUUCAAGGACUUUGUUUUCUUGGGUUUCAGUUGCUUUUGGGCCUUGAGAUUCUUCUUCAAUUGGAUAAUUAUAGCCGUAUUUUGGGGGCUUCAUCCCUGUUGCUAGUCUUCUCCUAUCCCCUAAUGAAGAGGUUUACAUUUUGGCCUCAAGCCUAUCUAGGUCUCACCUUUAAUUGGGGUGCUUUAUUAGGGUGGGCUGCAAUUAAAGGAAGUCUAGAACCAGCUAUAGUGUUCCCAUUAUACAUUUCUGGAGUAUUUUGGACUCUUGUGUAUGACACAAUAUAUGCACAUCAGGAUAAAGAAGAUGACUUGAAAGUGGGUGUUAAAUCUACGGCUUUGAGAUUUGGGGAUUUAACAAAGGAGUGGAUUACCGGCUUUGGAAUUGCAUGCAUCAGUAGCCUCACCCUCAGUGGAUUUAAUGCUGGGAUUGGGUGGCCAUAUUAUAUAUUUUUGGCAGCUGCGUCUGGACAAUUGGCUUGGCAGAUAUGGACGGUGGACCUAUCGUCCCGUGCUGAUUGCAACAGGAAAUUUGUGUCCAACAAGUGGUUCGGUGCUAUUCUUUUUAGUGGGAUCUUAUUUGGAAGACUUUUGUCAUAAUGGUAUGGUUACCUUUUCCAGAAAAGAUGAGAUGGAUUAUAGACUUCCAAACCUGCUUUCCCUGCUCCACUGAUUAAUGUCACAUUAGGGUUAAUUCUUAAGUAUGCACUCUUCAUUUUGCGCUCAUUCAAUAGACAGUUACAGCAUUAGUUCUUUGAAUUUCUUGAAUUACAAAGGAUUUACAGAUACGUGUCUCUCUCUAAAGUGGCUAUCCGUUUGUUAGGUCUUACUUUAUAUCCUAUUUACGAUUUGCCCUUCUUUCCCCGUUAUUUGGGCCUUUUUAUGCUCUUACUUGAUGCUUCAAUUUAUGAUUUGCCCUUUCUUAUUUGGGCUGUUUUUUUUGGUGGAGAAACCGUCUUUUUUACUUUGUGCGUGUAUUUACAAUUCUGUCCUCUCUUUUUCUUUUUUUUUAAAUUUUUUACCUCUUCGCUUGGGUUUUUUGUUUUUGUGGAGGAAACUGUCUUAACCUUGUUAUCUUCUAUCUUAUAAGAUAUAAGAGUCUAGAGAUUUGUGAAUAUUGUCGUUUGACUUGAAGAGUGGUUUUACAAUUUUACCCUUUGUAUUUGAUGUGUCCUUUUUACUUACUAUGGAAAAUAUCAUCCUCUUUUACUUGAUGCGUUUGUAUACGAUUCUGUUUAAAGUUUAAUAUGGAUGCAAAUUGAAAAAAAUAUUAUUUUUUCUAUCAGUUUUUAGUGUUAAGAAUUUGUCUUACUAUUAAUAAAUUUAAAACCUAUAAAUAUUAAUGUUUUAGAAAAUAUUUUAAUUUUCCAAAAAUGAUAUUACCGUUAUGAAAUUAAAAAAAUAUUAUAUUUUAAUUUCAAAAUGAAAAUUAUCUUUUAAGGUAAAAUAAUUUAUUAUUCCUAUAUACUGUUGUUUAUAGGUAUUAUUUGCAAAAUAAUUCAUAAAGCUAAAUAAUACUACUUAAUCUGAUAUCAGUUUCUCAUUUAAGAAAAAUAAAAUUAUAUUUUCAGAUUUGAAACUUAAUCAUAAAAACCUUACAUUGCUUAUGCGAGUGAGAAUUAUAACAUAAUGAAAUGAUACUUCUAAGUGGAUUUGCAGCUAAACUUUGUUUGAAAGAAGUUUAUAUAUAUAUAUAUAUAUAUAUUUAAUUUGAUCACAAAAGCAAUUAAUUUUUGUUUUUGCUUUAAUUGUCUCAUUUAGCUAUUAAUCUCCAUCUCGUAUAACAAUUGUUCAAUUGAUAUCUUGCAACAUUCGCCACCUAAUAGCUAAGCAUGGUGAACUAGGCAUGUGCUACCUCUACCAUUACAACUGUUUUGACUUCCAUCUAGAAUAGAUCUUCAUUUUACUAAAAGAAUAUUCUCAACCUAAGGACACUUUCAGCUUCACAAGCUUUUUGGUUAUGGAAAUUUUAUUGAAAAUUCUGAAAGCAUAAAUAAACUUUUACACAUUUUAAAAUGAGCAAAAACUUGAAUUGUGCGAGUUGAUUAUGUAAAAAUAUACCAUGCGAAAAGGGUAAAUGUUGUAGUUUAGAACAAGAAAUCUGCAAAUAAGACCCUCAAAAUAUCUAAGUAUAUUGAACGAGGCACGUACAUUAUUGUGCAUACCAUGUUCAGGAGGCUUCAAGAUCAAAUGAAUGGCUGAAGAUAAGUUAAUUGGGCAGCACUAUAAGCUGCUCUCUCUCUGUCUUUUUUUUUCUCAUCUCUCUCGCUCUCUCUCACACACCCACACACAUGCAUGGGUGCAGGCAUGCAUGCACAGAUAUGCAUGCAGUGAAUGUACAAUGAGGCGCUCAAGGUGAGCAUCAAUUGCAUUGUUAAAGGGCCCUUUUACUAGCAAAUUACGUUGCUUUCAUAACAAUGUAACUGUUUGUGUAUAUGUUAAUUCAGGUGUUGAAUGGUUCUUCAUGCAGUGGAAUUGCAGUACAUUUGAUGUUGCUGAUUUUACGUUGUCUGGAGAAGGUUCUUUGCGAAAAUUUGGAAUAAAGGGUAGAAUAUUAAAGCCCCCUAUUUUUGUUUCUGAUAACUGGGUGAUAAUUUGCUUCUGUGAGAAACAUAGGCAGGUGGUCAAGGGAAUUAUUUUUUUGGAGUCCAGAUUUGGAAGAGCCCAAUUUUGUCGUUGUAGGUUGUUAGAGAGAGCAUUUGUUUCACAGGCGAGAGAUAGGAUCAGUCUGAUCCUUUGUUUUUAAGGUAUUGAUACUAGUACAGCAGAAAGUCAGUUUCACAGAAACGUAGCUAAAAAGGAAAAAAAGUUCUGAACAUCAUUAUUUCAAAUGUAUAGUUAUUGAUGUGUACUACCAAUGUGUACCAACGACUUAAGUUGCUUGUAGGAGGUUUAAUUUAACAAUCCUCCACUUAUUCUUUAAAGAUCAGUAAAGUCAAGUAUUAUUCCAGCA